CAGUCAUGAAGGUUGUGUUGAUGACUGCGGCUUUAGCGGUGGCGCUGGUGUCCGGCCGCUCCCUCGACACGCCUGAGGAGGGCACCAAGCAGCGCCCAGUGAAGGGCGUGGCCACGGUGGAGAGGGUCGGGCAGGCUCGGGCCCUACAAGUUCCUCCUCCCGUUCAGGUGACCUCGGGGGUGUUGACGGUGAAGGGCAACAGGAGGGAGGGCCGAGUCAUCGAGAUGGGGGACGAUGGUAUCCCCAUCAUCCACGGGGUCAGGGUCCCUGAUGACCCAAGUGAUGUCCACAUAUACAGGAAUGCCAGAAUCGUCAAUAACAAGCUGAUGACAUUAGAAGACGAGGUCAAAGCCAACCAGGUAGAGGGCAGGUCAGUGGACAGGGAACCGAACCGGCCCGCCGCAGGCCGACAGCCACGAGUGCUCAACCAUGGACACCAACCUGCCUCCAAUUCUGAGAUGCUGGGAGGCUUCAAACCUUCGUCAGGAGUGGUUGGAGCAAUACAUCCUUUGUCCUCCACGGAGACCACCAACAACACUCUCCCUUCCAAGUACCCGGACUUCUACUACAAGGGCUACUACGACAACAAGCGGGCCGGGGUGGUUGCUGAAGCAUCAGUUGAAGACGAUAAUAUUUCUACAUCUUCUGAGCAGGUGGUGAGCUACAGCUACCUGGCGGCACCGCAGGACACCUCCCCCGCCAGCAGCGACAGGAACGUUGUGUAUGGCUCUGGGUCAGCAGCCAAGCCUCCGACACGGGGUCUAACCCUUGUGGCUUCUCCCACCCUCAGCAAACCCACCAAGACCUCAUCAGUCCUGAGCACCUCUCAGACAAACACCCUCCCCGUCGGCUACUCUGCUCCGUCUACCGUCGUCGUCCACAGCGACCCUCAUCGACUGGAGAUAACCUCGAGGUCGUCCCAGGCUCCCGCCAGCCCCACCCCGCCUCGCCCCACACGAACAGUGUUCUCUGCCAACCCCGGACACUUCACCAUCAAGGAGUCCACCUUCCAGGCUCACCCCGGUGCCCCGGCCUUCACUGUGCCCGUCCCGGUGCCCACCAGCCAGGCCCUGCUCCAACACCCAGGAAAGGACACGGCUAGCCAGGCUAGUUCCGAGGUGACCUACCACGCGUCUACCUACAGCACUUACGACCACUACCAGGAACCCUCCACUAAGAAACCAGCCUACCAGAAGAUGAUGGAACCUUUCAGGAAAAUGGGCGAGAGAUUCUACGAGAUGGCAUCACCCGUGUUGGAGCCUGUGAUGAGCGCUGGAUACAGGCUGUCAGAGCGACUGCAGCUGUCACAGAGGAUGAACAGCCUCUCUGACACCCUCAAGCUGGACUCCAUGAACAAGUACCUGGGUCGGACCGCCGAGGACGACAGCCUGCCUGUGGUCGCCGGCGCGGCUGCCGUUACUGCCUUCGGUCUGCUGGGACUGGCCAUAGCUGCGGCAAACAACAUCACCUUCCCUGGCAAGCGGUCCAUCGACAGCCCGUCACUGGAGUUCCUCGACCAGCUGGUGGAGGAGGCGCCGCUGGGGGAGCCCACCUUGCUGCACCGCUUUCAGGAGUACGCCCCGUGGGUCGGCUCCCGCUGCUCCAGGAGGAUCAUCUGUCACCUCAUGACCUACGCUUCUGACGACUUGCUCUAUUCUCUUGAGAAACGGCUUGACACUUUCCUUGGCAUGUUGAAUCGUGGAAGUGAUGAAGAACCCUCUCUCAUGCACGUAGCAGAUGACGUGAUGAGAGCCGCGCAUCGAAAGCAAUGCGACGUGUUUGCGUGUGGAGGAGACAACACGGGCUCGUCCCAAGUGUCGAGGGGCGACUCUGGGCCACAGUAAACUUUUCCCUACAGAAUGGCGUGUUCAUUAAGUCAACCGCGUUUGGGGAACAUUUGACCUCGGGAGCUGCAGCAGGACGCGAGGAACCCCAUGAUUCUAUUGGAGUUCGUGAAGAAAUCGUCUCGUCUUCUCCAUCUCUGUAGAUCAACGGUCCACUCAGGCUGCAACUUCCUUCAAUUUUCUUCACUGCUUCCAGUAAUCAUUUGUAACAAAAUAAUUACCAUUCUUCAGAUCGAGAGAGUUGCGGCCAAAAAAUGUACUAAUAAAAUUAGCAAUUUGAUGAUAGAUUCUAAAGUAACCAUUCAGAAGCUAACAAAUUGUGAACAAUUAGACAAUGUUAAUUUAAUCAUUACUGUCUUAUUACGUCUUUAAAACCAUAGAUUAUUUAGAAUAAUAUUUAUAAACAGCUGUUCCCUAGCCAUGUGAUGGCUGACGGAUCUUAUGCCAUCACAACAGGCCAUGCUGGGAGCCAUAUUGUCUUGCAGUCUAUUUUUGGAAUGAUUUUUCUGAUAUACGAGCAUACCAUUGUCAGGCAUAGUUUAGUCUAUUGUAGGCCUCGCACCGAAGUGGAAGGUAUACCCGCGCAUUAAUCUUGACCUGUGAGUAGACUCAACUCUGAUUAAUCACUCUUCCCAAAGGACAACACAAAUCAUACACUUGAGUGUACUUAUACGUCUCCUUGCACCUGAUGUCUCUAUUUACCGAAGAGUAAACAGAUACUUGGGAGUUUGGCGACUGUUGUGGGUUGUAAAAAAGGAAAGGACAGUCUUGGCCUAGGGCUACCUUGAUGAGUUUAUGUGAAACUAUUCACCAUGAGGUGUACCAUGAUUCUAAAUGUUUACAUGUACUGAGAGGCUACUUUGGUCUUGACAAUCUCUGUUCACGAAUAAAAUAUACCUGUGUGUUUAUCAUUAAGAAAGUUGCGGCCUUGAUAACUAGCGAGGUAUUACCUUAAUGUGUCAGUUGGAUGUCUCGGCGUUCAGUAUAUAUUUACAUUAGCUAAGAGAGAGUAGUUAAUUACCCUUAGUAACCGACUGUUGUGCGCUGAGACGACCUCAGUAACCGAUAAACCCCACUGCCUUGUGAAACCUCUCCUCGGUGGACGCUGGAGGCGGUGUUGUUAUUUCAGAUUCAGCUACUCUGAGCAGUAAGUUCCAAGUAGCACGGGCUAUGGUGAGCCCGUAGUGGACUUGAAUGGGAAAGGAGCAGGGCUGAGCGGAGGCGGUGGGCUUCUCCGCACAUAUAUUGUAAUGUAUAAUAAGCAAACAAACGCUGGGUGUAUAUACGCUAAUGGGUAUAUAUGCCGGUAUGUGAAGUCAUAGAUUUUGUUUGUUAAAUUGUACAUUAAUUUGUGUUGUGUAUGUCACACUGCAAGUUAUGUCACAUACGGUACUGUGAGUGUUGAGCUAGCCUUGUUCCAAUGGUGUACUUGACUGGACACAAUCUACGAUAAAACGGUUCGGAGACAUGGUUCGAGUCUCCUAGAACCCAGGUGAAUGGACCAAUCUACGAUAUUUAUAUAUGUAUCCCUCCGGUUAUCGUUAUUAUAUAAAUAAGUUAUUUGAUGGCAUCUUAUGUGUUAAUUGUUAUAUCGGCUGGUACCGUCUUUUUUCAU